UGGGAUUUUCUGCUCCGCGAACAGUGAAGAUGGAUAUCGACGACGACGCCGAUCCGGUCGUCCAGAGGCUCCCCAUUCGCUUCAGCAAUGCGCUCGCACCGAAUGUGCAGAUUCACCAAUUCCCCCUCAUGACCAGGCCCCUGCAGCCGCCGCCUGCAGCGAGGAGUAGCGGCAAGCGGAUCCGUGCGCGCGUGAAGCCCAAUGCGCGAAGGAUGGAGAUACACGUCCCUGCGGAUACGAGGCCAGAAGUCUGGAAUGCAGAGCGUGGACGUGAUCUGGGGGCGGCGCGCGUUGAGGACGACCGCGAGAAGAAUCAGGAGGAGAGCAGCAGAAGUAACGCCGAACCUCGACUGAGCGAGGUACGCCUUCGCAGCGAGGAAGUCCCGCACAAGGGGGUGUACAUGCUAGGCGUAGUCAGGGAAGGCGAGCUGCACCUCCACCCGAUCAGCCAGACGCACCAAUUCCGCCCAACCCUCACCUACCUGGAUUACCUCUCGCGAAAAUCGAAGAAACGCGGGGGAGGGGACUCCGACUCAGAAGACGACGGCCCUCCCCCCGAUCCAGACGAGCCCGCACCUCCCCCACCACCGAAGAAGGAAAAGAAGAAGACCGGUGGCGAGACGCGCGAGGUGCAGGUCAGCGCGCGCAAGAAUGAGGAGCGCAACGGCGUUCUCAUGCAGGGGAAUAUCACCGCCUGGCGACGCGAGAUGCUGCAGCAGAUGCAUGCGGAAGAGGACGAAGAGUGGACGGGUCUGGACUUCCAGGAUGAGAAUAGCGCUGCCGCGGAGGAUACUUUCGAGAAGUUAUUCUCGCAAAAGCCUGGCCCCUUGCAGUUCAAGAGCGAGCUGACCGAACUCAUGCGCGACAUUCAGCAAGACGUGUAGCCUUAUUGUAUUCUGCAUCGUCGUCUGCUGUACUCAUUCCUGCCUGAGAAGGCAAUAUAUCUGCUUCGACCGGA